AUGAGUACUAUUAAUAAUAGAAUUCGUGAAGAAAAAAAAACGUUGUUGAAAUUAUUGACGGAAGCCCGGGAAAAUGUUCGAAAAAAGUACACGGAAUUGCAUCGUGGUGAAGCGGAUUCAUUGAGUCGCGUAAAACGAGAAUUGGCACCAAUCAUUGCACCAUUGGAUAAAAUCGUGACACAGCAACAGCAACAGCAACAGCAGCAGCAGCAGCAACAUCAACAUGAACAACAUCUACAGCAAUCCAUCAAAAGUUUAAAUGAUGAUAGAUACAAUAUGGAACACGAUGAUGGGUUUUUCCAUCAGUACAUGCACCAAUGGUCAAUGAACCCGAACAGAGACAAAAUGUAUGGACCAAAAGUGACACCAGAAGGAACAUUGACAAUAGGUGGAGUCGACAAUAUCUUUGUCAAUGGAGGAAUAAUCAACGUACUGGAGAAAAAAUUCCUGCUGACAUUAGGUCUUGUGGACUUACUUUUUUCGAAAAAUCCCGGUGUUUACUCCGAAUCGGAUUUGCAGGCAUACAAAACAAUUUUACUCGAAACCGGUGUACAUUUGAAUAAAGACGGAACAUUAAAAAAAGGAGGUCAAAAAUAUGUUAACACUAUUAAACCAUUGUUUGAAAACAAUGAUGGUGGUAGCGCAAACAAUUCCUUACCAUUAUUUGAAAACAGCAGCAUCAGUGACACAUCUAUUAUCGGUGCGGGUCUACAGUUAAGGUUGAACAACAAGAAAAAAGAGUAUGUGUACUGGGACGAACCCAACGAGCUUGUAGAUCGUUUACGUUUAUUGAUAUCGGCCCGGUCAGCUGGUAACACUGGAGUUGCACCGGAAAUCAUUUCUAUAUUGGAAGAGUUGCAGGAAACCGGUUACAUUGAACAAAUACCAUCAACAUUAUGA